UGAGGACUCUGCCAUCCCCGUGACGGUGGAUGGGCAUCGCCUGAUCCAGGCCAACGGCACACUGGUGCUGCGCUCGGUGAAAGCGGAGGACUCUGGCUACUACACCUGCACCGCCACAAACACCUGGGGCUUCGACACCAUCAUCAUCAACCUGCUGGUGCAAGUGCCCCCAGACCAGCCCCGCCUCACCGUCUCCAAGACCUCAGCAUCGUCCAUCACGCUGGCGUGGAUUCCUGGGGACAAUGGGGGCAGCUCCAUCCGAGGCCUCGGAAACGCUCCAGAGCCGCGCUCACCUCCACCCCGGCAGCCCGUGGACCUGGAGGCGACCGCCUUGUCCUUGCUCCCGCAGGCUUUGUGCUCCAGUACUCGCUCCUCCGAGCGCUCCUUCAAGCUGGAGAGCCUCAAGUGUGGCACCUGGUACAAGGUGAAGCUGGCGGCCAAGAACAGCGUGGGGGCCGGCCGCAUCAGCGAGAUCAUCGAAGCCAAGACCCACGGCCGAGGCGAGCCCGCCGCAUACCGGCCCAAGGGCAACUGGGUCUGGCAGAGCCUUCGUACCAACAGCUCCAGCGAGGUCUUCCUCACAGAGCUGCGCGAGGCCACGUGGUACGAGCUCCGCAUGAAGGCCUGCAACAGUGCCGGCUGCGGCAACGAGACCGCGCAGUUUGCCACGCUGGACUACGAUGGCAGCACCAUCCCCCCUAUCAAGUCUGCCCAAGGGGAGGGUGAUGAUGUGAAGAAGCUCUUCACCAUCGCCUGCCCCGUGAUCCUUGCCACACUGGGAGUGGCCCUGCUCUUCAUCAUCCGCAAGAAGAGGAAGGAGAAGCGGCUGAAGAGGCUUCGAGAUGCCAAGAGUUUGGCUGAAAUGCUGAUCAGGUGGGUCUCGGAGCUGCGGGUGGUUGGCG